GACUCGCGCUGCACUUGCUCACUUCAAACAGCACUUUCCGACUGCGCAGCAUUUGACUUCAUCUACCACCUUUUCUGGCACCUGCUGCCUCGCAACUACCUCAACAUGGCCAAAGUCAAACCUACCUUCACGUCCUUGCCAGAGGACAUCCUGGUCAUGCUUCCAAAUUAUUUACGCAACAUCGAGGACUACACCAACUUGUCUUCAACAUGUCGCAAAUUGCGCUCAUGCAUGGCAACAGCACUUCCAAACACCAUUCUCCGCCUCGCUGCAGCGCAAAGCACUACCUUCUUCCGUCCUUCGCCACAUUUCCUCGUCAUGGCGACGGCUCGCGAGUUAGGGAACUGGGCUCGUCAGUCCGAUGACAACGAGGCAUCUUUCGUGUCUCACUGUCAACUGCAAGGCAUUGACGGCAUGCUCGAACUGGCUCUGACUCACUGCGGCCUGACAGUCCAGCGCAUCCGCGAGCUCCACGAAAUGCGCAUGUCCAUCAUCAACCCAGUCACGGACAUCAUUGAUAAGUGUGUGGGAAAGCAAUGGUACAGCAAUCCAGGGUUCUGGGAUGGAGGCGUCAGCGAUGCCUAUACGAUCUACUCGGAGCCAGCCAUCAAUUUCUUCCACCUGGCCAUCUACGGAGAACUGUUUGCUCCAGAAUUUGAUCCCGCCUUAACUGGUGCACCUGGAAGGCGAUUGAGCGUGGACACAAGAUUGACGUUCGUGCGAUACUGCAUCCCAGAGCCUUCCGCGGGCAACGGUUCAAACACUGGUCCUUACGCAAAAGAUGAGAAGGGAAGCUUCCUCAACAUGCCAAGCCAGAACAAUCUUGCAGUCACCUGGACGAUCAACUCUUCACGCUGGCGUCCACACUGGAAGAAGUUCCGCACGGAAGUUGCGGGUUGCGAGGAAUUCAAGGACAACUUCGAUGAUGGGUGGUGGUACGUUCCCAACCUGGGCGCAGACGAGGAAGGCGGGGUUGAUGCCCACUGGAGACAGAGAAUGUAUGAGAACAUUCUGAUCUGCCAAGGACUGGAAGGUAUGGGGAUGAUUCGGCCUGGUUUGCAAGACGCUUGGGUCGAGAAGUGCAAAGAGUGGAGGAGGCAGAUUGCGGAGCUGAAGGAGGAGCCGGUCAUGGUGCACUAUGGGCGACAGGCGACGCAGGAGUAUCCAUUCCUGCUGGGUGACUUGAGGAUUUGCAUGAAAGGAUACGUUCCGGGAACUGAUUGAGUGAGUGGCAAUGGCGGGGACGUACGAACAGGCAGAGACAGGAGUACGAAUGCGGUACAGUGUAUCACUCAGAAGAUCACCAGUGCUCGAUGGAGAAGUCAGCAAAGGGACACGGCGCGACAGAGGCGAUGGCGUUGGUUCUUGGGCACAUCCCCAAUCCUUCCACACAGAAUCGCAGGACCUCAGAGCCACUGAAGCGGCGAUGCAGUGAGGGUUCCAUGAAACUUCACCAGUUCUCCAUAGUAGAAAUUACGG